AUUUAAUUAAUUUAGUAGCUAGCGCUUAUUUUUCGCUUUACGUAUAGUGAACGUUGAAAAAUAUGGAAAAUAUUCCGCGAACACACGAAGAUAUUGAGGCUCAAAUUGCCGAUAUUCAAACCAAGAAAAAGGAAAUUCAAAAAAAUUCAUCGACUGGAGUUGGCUUAUUGGACAGUGGUGGAUUUUAUGAUACAGAAUUAUAUGAUGAAGGCGGCGGAAAAGGAAAGAAUCGUUAUGAGGGCUAUAACACUUCAAUUGCAGCAAACGACGAAAUGGAUGAAGACGAAGAUGAUGGAUUCCCGGUACCUCAAAAGCGUACAACUUAUACGGCACCCAUAUCCGUUUUAAAAGAUGUCACUCAAGGUAAGGAAGAUGUUGAUCCAAUGGCGGAUAGACGUCGACCAACCAUAGCAGAUAGAGAGGAUGAAUAUAGGCAAAAAAGACGUCGUAUUAUUAUAUCUCCUGAGCGUGCUGAUCCCUUUGCUGAUGGUGGAAAGACUCCUGAUAUUGGAUCCAGAACAUAUCCCGAUAUAAUGCGUGAGCAAAUGCUCAAAGGGGAGGAAAGUGAGCUUCGCAGAAAAAUACAAGAGAAAUCUAAGGAAGGCACAUUGGUAAAAACUUCGAAUGGGGAGGCGACUAAAGAAUCGACAACACGUAAGCGAGGACGUUGGGAUCAAACCGUUAGCGAAAGUUUUGUACCUGCAAAGGUAUCUGCAACACCUAAUAGUGCAGCAACGCCUACUUGGGAAGAUAAAACACCAGGUGAUCAUCGAUGGGAUGAAACACCUGGCCAUAAAGGUAGUGAAACACCUGGGGCCACCCCAGGUUUGGGGACACGAAUUUGGGACGCGACUCCGGCACAUGCAAUGACGCCAAGCCAUGAGACACCUGGGCAAGAAAAAUCAGCUCGUCGUAAUCGUUGGGAUGAGACUCCAAAGACGGAACGUGAAACUCCCGGUCACAGUGGUUGGGCUGAGACCCCAAAACCAGACCGGGGUACAAGUGACAAUGUUGUUGCUGAAUCAACACCAGGUGCUUCAAAAAGAAGAUCACGUUGGGAUGAAACUCCAUCAAAUGCGACACCGUCAAUGACACCCUCUUCUGCAAUGACGCCUAGCCUUACACCAAGUAUGACUCCACAUACCACUCCAGGUCACGUCACACCACUCUUAACACCGGGUGGUACCACACCCAUUGGAGUAAAGGCAAUGGCCAUGGCAACUCCAACUCCGGGCGCAUUAGCCGCAAUGACACCAGAGCAACUUCAAGCAUACCGUUGGGAAAAGGAAAUUGAUGAACGCAAUCGGCCACUAACAGAUGAGGAACUCGAUCAAAUGUUUCCCCCUGGGUAUAAAAUAUUACCGCCGCCUGCUGGUUAUGUGCCAUUACGCACACCUGGGCGUAAGUUAAUGGCCACACCGACACCAAUUGCUGGUACCCCUGCGGGAUUUUUUAUUCAAGUCGAAGAUAAAAAUGCCAAAUUUAUGGACAACCAACCAAAAGGUCAAAACUUACCGUUUAUGAAACCAGAAGAUGCUCAAUAUUUCGAUAAACUGCUUGUGGACGUAGACGAAGACAGUCUUUCUCCAGAAGAGGCUAAGGAGCGAAAAAUAAUGAAGUUGCUUUUAACUAUUAAAAAUGGUUCACCUCCAAUGCGUAAGUCAUCACUUCGACAAAUAACUGACAAGGCACGUGAGUUUGGAGCUGGGCCACUAUUUAAUCAAAUUCUUCCCUUACUUAUGUCUCCAACGCUUGAAGAUCAAGAACGACAUUUACUUGUAAAAGUUAUCGAUCGUGUCCUAUAUAAGUUAGAUGAUUUAGUGCGUCCUUAUGUACAUAAAAUUCUUGUCGUUAUUGAGCCAUUGCUAAUUGAUGAAGAUUACUAUGCCCGUGUAGAAGGUCGAGAAAUAAUUUCGAAUCUAGCCAAAGCGGCAGGCCUUGCCACUAUGAUUUCGACAAUGCGUCCUGAUAUCGACAACAUCGAUGAAUAUGUCCGUAAUACAACGGCACGAGCAUUCGCCGUUGUGGCGUCGGCAUUAGGUAUUCCAUCCUUACUACCGUUUCUUAAAGCCGUGUGUAAGUCGAAAAAGUCAUGGCAAGCUCGUCAUACCGGUAUAAAAAUCGUGCAACAAAUUGCCAUAUUAAUGGGCUGUGCUAUUUUACCGCAUUUAAAAGCUUUAGUGGAAAUUAUCGAACAUGGAUUAGUGGAUGAACAACAAAAAGUGCGAACGAUCACAGCCUUGGCCAUUGCUGCAUUGGCUGAAGCAGCUACGCCUUAUGGCAUUGAAUCUUUUGAUUCCGUUUUGAAGCCCUUAUGGAAGGGUAUUCGUACACAUCGCGGUAAAGGCUUAGCUGCAUUUUUAAAAGCUAUUGGUUAUUUAAUUCCAUUAAUGGAUGCCGAGUAUGCCAACUAUUAUACCCGUGAAGUGAUGUUGAUUUUGAUUCGUGAAUUUCAGUCACCCGAUGAAGAAAUGAAAAAGAUCGUAUUAAAGGUAGUAAAACAGUGUUGCGCUACAGACGGUGUGGAGGCACAAUAUAUUAAAGAAGAGAUUUUGCCACACUUCUUUAAGUUCUUUUGGAAUCACCGAAUGGCUUUGGAUCGUCGCAAUUAUAGGCAGUUGGUAGACACCACGGUAGAAAUUGCCAAUAAAGUUGGCGCUUCUGAAAUCAUUAAUCGAGUUGUUGAUGAUUUAAAGGAUGAAAACGAACAGUAUCGCAAAAUGGUAAUGGAAACCAUAGAGAAGAUUAUGGGUAAUCUAGGAGCUGCAGACAUUGAUUCACGUUUAGAGGAGCAACUUAUUGAUGGUAUCCUAUAUGCUUUUCAAGAACAAACCACCGAAGACGUGGUCAUGUUGAAUGGUUUUGGUACGAUUGUCAAUCAGCUAGGCAAACGAGUUAAGCCAUAUUUACCUCAAAUUUGUGGAACGAUUCUUUGGCGUUUAAACAAUAAGUCUGCGAAAGUGCGUCAACAAGCAGCAGAUUUAAUAUCCCGCAUUGCCAUAGUUAUGAAGACCUGUCAAGAAGAAAAAUUAAUGGGGCAUUUAGGUGUUGUAUUAUACGAGUAUUUGGGAGAGGAAUAUCCAGAGGUAUUGGGGAGUAUUUUGGGUGCGCUUAAGGCAAUCGUUAAUGUUAUUGGUAUGACUAAAAUGACACCGCCCAUUAAAGAUUUACUCCCACGACUGACUCCUAUCCUUAAGAAUCGUCAUGAGAAAGUACAAGAGAACUGUAUUGAUUUAGUCGGAAGAAUUGCGGAUCGUGGACCAGAAUACGUUUCAGCGCGUGAAUGGAUGCGUAUAUGCUUUGAGUUACUUGAACUUCUCAAAGCGCAUAAAAAAGCUAUUCGUCGCGCUACAGUGAACACAUUUGGUUACAUAGCUAAAGCAAUCGGUCCGCAUGAUGUGCUCGCGACUUUGUUGAAUAAUUUGAAAGUACAAGAACGACAGAAUCGUGUAUGUACUACAGUAGCUAUUGCUAUAGUGGCUGAAACUUGUCGACCCUUUACAGUACUCCCUGCAUUAAUGAAUGAGUACCGCGUCCCAGAACUGAACGUGCAAAAUGGAGUACUCAAAUCACUUUCUUUUCUUUUUGAGUACAUAGGUGAAAUGGGAAAAGACUACAUUUAUGCCGUAUGUCCCUUGUUGGAAGACGCAUUAAUGGACCGCGAUUUGGUGCAUCGACAAACUGCUUGUGCUGCUAUUAAACAUAUGGCACUCGGCGUUUAUGGUUUUGGAUGUGAGGAUGCAUUGAUUCAUUUGCUGAAUUACGUUUGGCCAAAUAUUUUUGAAACAUCACCUCAUUUAGUUCAGGCAUUUAUGGAUGCUGUUGAUGGUCUACGUGUUUCACUCGGACCCAUAAAAAUUUUGCAAUAUACACUGCAGGGACUAUUUCAUCCGGCACGUAAAGUCCGAGAUGUGUAUUGGAAAAUUUACAAUUCUCUUUAUAUUGGUGGACAAGACGCAUUAAUAGCUGGUUAUCCAAGGAUUACUAACGACCCAAAGAAUCAAUAUGAACGAUAUGAGUUGGACUAUAUGCUUUAAAGUGCGUCUAUAUAGCGGAGGAAACAUUUUCUACAAUACAAAAACUACAACUAUAGCCGUACAAUGAUUUUUUUUAGAUGUAACAAUAAUUCCGAAACAAUUAUAUAUAGAAAUAAUUUUAUUUCAACUAAAA